AUGAUCAACCCCGCCUUCGACCCCACCAGCGGAGACACUUCCAAAAGGUCGAGUACCGUCUCAACACCAUUGUAUGCCUCUAGCAAAGCUGGUGAUAUGUCCGUGGAGAACAAGACCACCGUCAUCGUAGGCGCGGGAUCUACUGGUCUGUGGACUGCCUAUCAUCUCGCUCACGCAAAUCGUCGAGCCGGUCUCUCGAGCAGCACUACCAUCAUCGUCAUAGAAGCAUCAGCGAGCGUAUUCGGAGAGACGUCCAAAUCAUGCGCAGGAUGUAUUCACUACGAAUUCAACGAUAAAUUCAUGGAUAAGUUCGGGACGUACAGCUUCGCAUCUUGGCGUGAUUCGGCAGAGAGCAACGAGCUGUGUGACACCGCUGGACUCCGCUUCGAUUCCAUUUUUGGUUUGACUAAGAAUGAUGGAGAUGGUCAAGCGCUUUUGUCAGACUGGCUUCGAACAAACGAUGCGUGGGGGGAGCAUGUUGUACAUGCAUCACCUUCUUAUGCUAAUCAAAUUCGUUGGAUCAACCCAGCCGGCCCCGGCAAAUGGCCUAAAAGAGCAUGUAUUGAUAUAAACGUUCGUAUUGGGACUUUCACAAGGGUUACUGCUGUCGUGUUAGACGAAGCAAAUCAAGCCACUACAGUAGUCGUCGUUCAAGAAGAUACAUCGGAAGUCAGAAUUCCGUGCGACAACUUCGUUUUGGCCGGGGGCCUAUGGACUCCGAUGGUUGACAAAACGCUGUCUCCCUCGUCCUCGAUCCAGAUCGUCUCAGCCACAGAGGCGGGCGACUGGAUCGUCAUCCAAAGUCAGCAUCCUGUCGUGAGGAAGUCGGUGGCUUUUGGGGGCUUGAAUGACAUCGUGGGAGAGAAGUUGAAAUUCGCAAGUCGCAACGACGGAACGAUCUGGACUUGGGGAGCAAAAGAUCAGAACGGCACGCAACCUCCAUUAUGCUCGAGAAGUCCACCAGAUGCUGCAAAGUUUGCGGAUCUCACACAUCGCGCCUACCGUAUUCUUUGCGUUAACAACGCUGAGGGUCCAGACGCGUUCAAGGAACUAGAGUUUAUUGUGCUCGGACGGGCAUUUCGACCCGUCACACUUUCAGGGUGUCCAAUGAUGACUGUGGACGAACCCGACAAACUUUCGCAUCGCGAUUGCCUUCAUGUAGAUGGAAGACGUGGCAAUGUAUUUUUGUGCUGUAGGCAUGGCUCUUGGGGCCUGACCCUUGGGCCGGGCACGGCAUGGGAAAGUUGA